AUGACCCGGUUUCUGGUAAUGCCGGCUUUGACGCUCGUCCUCAGCCUUAAUGUUGCUUGCGUCCCCAAAGUCUUCUGGGCCAACACACCAGCCUAUUUUUCUACACGAACUUCUCCAGAGUCAGAAGUAUCAAGGACAUCCCUACGCGCCUUUGUGGAAUCUAGAGUACCUAGCCUUUUGCAACAAUUCCAUCCGGCAUGGUGGUUGCCCGUAGGACAUCUACAAACAAUGUACUCGGUAGUUGGGGAUUUCUCGAAAAUCGACAAGGUGGCUUAUGACAGGACACUUCUGCGACUGAAAGACGGAGGAACAAUUGGGCUGGACAGCACACCACCCGCGAACGAGAGGAUAUUAGAUGACGAUACUCCCAUCGUGGUUGUCUUGCAUGGACUUACGGGAGUUGAUUGGGCCUACAAAGGGUCGCAUGAGUCCUAUGUCAGGGCCGUUCUCUGUCCUGCUAUUGCUCCGGUAAAGCAGGGCGGACUAGGAUAUCGCGGCAUCGUCGUGAAUUUUCGCGGUUGUGCAGGUGUACCAUUAACCAGCGCUCAGCUGUACUCCGCCGGACAUACGGAUGACAUUCGUCAAGCUGUCACCUAUAUUGCGCACAGAUAUCCCAAUGCGCCACUACUUUCCGUCGGGUUCUCGUUGGGUGCCAACGUCAUGACCCGGUACGUUGCCCAGGAGGGCAAAGAGUGCCGUUUCCUUUCUGCUUGUGCUUUAGGCUGCCCCUGGGAUCUAGUCAAGAACAGCGAGAUAAUGGAGACGACGUUCGUGGGACGACACGUCUACUCUAAGGGCAUGGCAGGAAAUCUCCGAAGACUCCUCGACCGUCACUUGGAUAGCAUCUCCAAGUUCCCCGACACGCCCCUCGUGAAAGGCUACGCCAGUCUGGUUGAACUCCCUUCGAAGCCUGCCUUGGUCGAGUUCGACAACAGCGUCACCCGUUUCUGCGGUGGCUCGUCUCCUCCUUUUCCCUUCGAGAACGCAUGGGACUACUACGCUUGGGCCUCAAGUCACAAAUAUCUCAAAGACGUACGGAUACCCUUCCUGGCGAUCAACGCCGAAGAUGACCCCAUAGUGCAAGACAUCCCGGUCGACGCCGGAGGAAACGGAUGGGUCGCCAUGGCUGUGACUGAGCGAGGGGGACACCUGGGAUGGUUCGAAGCUACGGGCUACCGGGAAGCCAAACGUUGGAUCAGCAAGCCUGUGGUCGAAUGGUUUGAGGCGUGUGUUAGGGAUAUCGUUCCGGAGCGGCGACGAGGUCAUGCGAUCAGGGAAGUGGAUGGGUGGUUGGUCGAGGAGGGAAGAGAGCACCUGGGUUGUAAAGUGAUUGAGGGUGGUGGAAAGGUGGAGGGCGCCGCUGGCGAGGAAGGCAUGUUGGCGGGACUUUAG